AUGGAGGUUGAUUUGAGAGUUCGGAGAGUUGAAAUUGAAAGCAGAGUGACCUCCGUAAGCAUCAAGUGCUUCUUUUCGACGGAGCUGGCCCACCUGGAUGACUUCACUGUAACUGUACCUGUGUACGGCCUUGGUGGGAGGAAGUACGAGUAUACUGGAUCUGUCUUCUCUCAGGCCCGCGAUCUGGUGGCAAUGAUUGGAAGAAAGGUGGCGAUUGGGGUGCUUAGUGAGAGGGGAACCGAGGUUCUUGGGAGCAGCGAGAGGCCCAUCCUUUUUUGUCUGUACAGAGAUGAGGAUGCCAUAAAGGUGUGCGGCCUGAGAAGACUGAUAGCGGUUGAGUUGAGGAACCCUAUAGGCUCAGCCUUCGCAAGGACAGUACUUCGCGAUUGUUCCAGGUUUGCGAUGCUUAGGAAGCUAAGGCUUGCGGGCUGCAACAUCAGAAGGAUUCCCGACUUUUCUGUGAUGAAGCUGACGGAUCUGGACUUGAGCCACAACAACAUAUCUGGAGUGGUGUACCUUCGCGGGAAAUUUGCUUCUGUCAACCUCUCGCACAACGAAAUAUCCCACGUUGUCAGGAUAAAAGCAUCAAGCCUAAAUGUUGCACACAACAGGAUAGUGAGGUUUUUCCAGGAGUCUAAAUAUCAGCAUCUGGACCUUAGCCACAACCCGCUGGAACACUACCAUGCGGAAGCAAAGACUCUGAAUGUAUCCCGGACGGCAAUAAAGUCACUGGAGUCGCGGACCACACGAAGGCUGUUUGUGGACGGAACAAAGGAGAUCAGACUUGGCGUGUUUGAAAGUUUGGUAUUCCUGAGCAUGAACGACUGUGGAGUGUAUUGCCUGUCGCUUACUGCAAGAAAGCUGAGGGUUCUGAAGGCCAGGAACAACUUUAUAGAGGAGAUUCCUCUCUUACCAUCCCUUGAGUAUCUGGAUGUCUCUGGAAAUCUUGUUCACAAGAUAUCUUCUAAGGGAGUCAGGUUUCUCAAUGCCUCUAAGAAUCAGAUCAUGACUUUUGACCUUAGCUCAUGGAAUAGGCUGGUGCAUUUGGACCUUUCAUACAACCCGCUGGUGAGUCUUGAGAAUUCUGAUGCACGUGGCCUGAGAUUCCUGGGUCUUCGGGGCACGGACAUCAAAAGCCUCGGAAAGAAUAGAACGGAAUGCUUUUACGAUGUGCAUCAGUGCAAGGAGAAGAAGAAGGUAGCUGAAAAGUUCGUGGUUGAUCCCCGAGGAAUCGACGGAAGGAUGUUUCUCAUAUCUGUGCACGACCCUGGGACUGACAUUUCUGGGAUGCUUGAGACGAUUCAAACGAAGAUGAGAAAGGCCUCCAAUCCUCAUGUGUACCUCCAGAGGUUCUGCUUUCUCCUUAGAAAAAUGCUUCUUUUUAAAGGCGUCAAAGCUGAAUAUGCGCUGUGCAUGGUAACUCCCAAGCAUGUGAUUUUCAACGGAAGAGGCAUUGGAGCUGUGUUCUCAAACUUUGCAGAGGUUAGGGCAUUUGAUGACCCAGAUACUAUUGAGGUAUACGAUAACGUUGGGAACUGGCACCUUAUCCCGAUGCCCUGCGGCUUUUACGGCAGCACAGCAAGAUUCGAUAUACUUGAUACAGUCAGAAACGACCUAGACGUUAUCCUGGAUUUCAUAGGACAUAGAUGUCCUCUAUCUGUAAUGAUGGCUAUCUCCAGCACACCAAAACCGCAGAAUGGUCUGUGCAGGGGCGUGGAGCUAAUAUCUAAGGUCGGCCUUCCUAUCAGAACAACAUAUGAAGAGGCGAUCAGGAGCCUUCCUGAGAGGAGAAACGACGUGGAGGGAGGCGAAAACUACAACUUUGUUCUGAAGGACGCCACAAGGCAGUCCUAUGGAACUCUUCUCCUCAACCCAAACCCCAUUUUUGCAUUCUGCAGACUUAUUCCAAGAGAUGCGAGCCAUCGAUAUGUUAUCGGAAAUGUCGGAAAUAUAAUGAAGAUGAUGAGUGUCCUGUUCUCUGGAACCAGGAUAGAGUUUUUUUCUAAGCUGUGGAUUGUUGCGUUCCAUGACCGGGUAGAGGCCUGCCUGUGGGGACUGAAGAUUCAGGAGAUGCUCAAGCAUGUGGGGAUUGAUGUUGGGGUAGGGAUAACGUGUGGAUCUUUCUACACAAGGAUAGUGGGAAGCCAUGUUAGGUUUUAUGGGCCGGCGCUUAACAAGGCAUCGCGGAUUGCAAACCUUGGUGUUGGGGUGUUCUGCUGUCACUGUGUAUGGACUAAGCACUCGAGGAUUAUGUACAUAAACCAAGGACAAAGGAACCUGAGAGGAUUCAAGGAGCCCCACCUAAUAUACACUCCUCGGCUAUCUGAGGAGAUGUAG